GGUGACUGCCGGUAUUCAUUCCAGAAUACCAUGCCCAACAAGGGAAAUUUAGAGUUGGAUUUUCAAAAAAGUCAGUGUGAACACUAAAUUCACAGAAGGUGACUGCCGGUAUUCAUUCCAGAAGAAAACAAAGCGAGGACUGAGGACGAAGGGUUAACUUUUGAAUUGGGCAAAGACAGGACAGAGGGUCUCAGAUAUGUCAAAAGAAGCCUGCAUCUUUCAAAGCUAGUAGGACUCUUGAGAAAAAUAAAAGAGCAAAAACAAAUAGCAGGGCGGCAGCAACGCGUGCAGAGAGCAGGAGGCAAGAGCACUACUACACUAGACUAGGUAUGAACACAGGGAAACCGCUUAGAAAUGUCGAAGCUGUCAGCUCUUAUCAUAACAGGUUCAAGGUGUACAAAUAAAGGCAACAGAAACAGAUUUCUUGCUUUUUCGCAAGACUGGUUCAUUAAAGGUGAGCAUACCGCCAUAUUCAUAACCCAAGUUUGGUGCUUUUGAUUGAUUCUGGUGUAAUGGGUAGUGUUCUCAGAGACUUCUUGUGCUUGCACUUGUUCUUUCUUUUUGUUUGGGUUCGUAACGGUUCUGGGUUGAGCUCCGAUGGAGAAGCUCUGCUUUCACUUCUGAAAGGUUUGACAGUACCACCUUCAAUUAUAUCGAGCUGGAAUUCGAACGAUUCCACGCCUUGUAACUGGCAAGGAAUUGAGUGUGAUGAGCUCAAACAGAAUGUAAUCACUCUGAACUUGUCGGGUAUUGGGGUUUCUGGUUCACUAAGACCGGAGAUUGGCCAGUUGAGAUCGCUCAAGACGAUUGACCUGGACACUAACAAUAUCUCAGGUUUGAUACCGCCGGAGCUGUCGAAUUGUAGUCUUGUCGAAUACUUGGACUUAUCUGCGAAUGGUUUCAGUGGUGAAGCGCUUGGGUAUUUAGCAAACUUGAGGAACUUGUGGUAUUUAAUGCUUUUUGAUAAUUUCUUGAGUGGAAAGAUACCAGAAGCCUUGUUUCAGAUUCCACACUUGGAUACGAUUUACCUGCAGAAUAAUGGAUUCACAGGUUCUAUCCCGUCGAAUGUAGGGAACAUGACUGAACUUGUUUCUUUGUGGGUCUUUGGUAAUCAAUUAUCGGGUAGCAUACCAGAAUCUAUUGGGAAUUGUACUAAAUUGCAAGAACUCUAUCUUACUGACAACCAGUUGGUUGGUUUUUUGCCUGAGAGCCUAAACAAUCUUGAGCUACUUACCGUCUUGGAUGUCAGUUCGAACAGACUCGAGGGCAGGAUUACAUUGGGUUCAGGAAGAUGCAAGAAUUUACAGAAGUUGGUUUUGUCUACCAACCGUUUUAUUGGAGAAAUUCCAGCAGGUCUGGGCAAUUGCAGUAGCUUGAAUUGUUUUGCAGCUCUUAACAAUAGCUUAACAGGUAAGAUCCCUUCUUCCUUUGGUUUACUUACUAAACUUGAGAUACUUUACCUUAAUCAAAACAAUUUGUCUGGAGAAAUACCACCUGAGAUUGGGAGCUGUAAAUCCUUGAAGGUGUUACUGUUGUAUACCAACCAACUACAGGGUCAAAUCCCGAGUGAGUUGGGAUCAUUGAGCUAUUUAGAGGACCUUGAGUUGUUUUCCAAUCAAUUGACUGGAGAGAUUCCAACAAGCAUUUGGAAGAUUCCAACACUUAAAUACAUCAUGGUUUAUCAGAACAAUUUAUCUGGGGAAUUACCUUUAGAGAUUACUGAGCUCCAACAACUGGAAAACAUAUCUUUGUUCAGCAACCAUUUUUCUGGAGUCAUACCCCAAGGGUUGGGAAUCAAUAGUAGCUUGGUGCAGUUGGAAUUGACUAACAAUAGGUUCUCUGGUGAAAUCCCGCCAAACCUCUGCUUUGGAAAACGAUUGAGAGUUUUGAAUAUGGGCCUAAAUCAAUUUGAAGGUAACAUACCUUCAGAUGUUGGGCGUUGCUCAUCCUUGAAAAGAUUGAUUCUAGAAAGAAACAAUCUUACCGGCCCCCUUCCUGAUUUUGUGCAAAACUCAAACCUCUUGUUCAUGAACAUUUGUGGAAAUAAAAUAAAUGGAACAAUUCCUUCAAGCUUGGGGAACUGUACCAAUCUUGGAACAAUUAAUUUGUCCAUGAAUGAACUUACAGGGUUUAUACCUCAAGAACUGGGAAACCUUGCGAACCUAGAGCGGUUAAAUUUGUCUCAUAACAAUCUUUUAGGUCCAUUGCCUCCACAGAUCUCAAACUGUAAGAACUUAUCGGAGAUGGACCUGGGGUUUAACUCAUUAAAUGGUUCAAUUCCUUCAAGUCUAAGAAGCUUAACUCAAUUAUCCAAUUUGGUACUGAGAGAGAAUAAGUUCAAUGGGGGUAUUCCAGAUUUCUUGUCAGAAUUUAAAAAUCUUCUAGAGCUGCAACUUGGAGGAAAUCUUCUUGGGGGUGAAAUCCCUUCAACAAUUGGAUUGUUGCAGAACCUAGUCAUUGCUUUGAACCUCAGUGAUAAUGGACUGAUGGGGGAACUUCCAUCAGGGAUUGGGAAGUUGAAUAAGAUUGUAUGCUUGGAUAUAUCUCACAACAAUCUUUCAGGAAGCUUGGAAGUUCUUGGUGCACUUGAGUCAUUGACGGGUGUAAAUGUUUCAUAUAAUCUCUUCACUGGUCCUGUACCAAAUACAUUAAUUAAGUUGCUAAAGUCCUCUCCUUCAUCAUUCCUGGGGAACCCAGGAAUCUGUGUUCCUUGUCUUCUUGGGGAUGGCUCAAGUUGCAGUAUGAACAGCACUUGUAAUCAUCGGUCUGGUGAUCAGAAAAGCUUUAGAGUAAAGAUUGCAUUGAUAGCUCUUGGAUCAUCACUAUUCUGUGUUCUAGUGAUUCUCCUGUUAAGUUAUGUAUUUUUCAUGUCUAGAAGAUCAAAACCAGAAGUUGAAAGUUCUUUUUGUGAAGCUUCAACUUUCUUACUGAAUGAAGUGAUGGAGGCCACUGAUAAUCUGAAUGAAAGAUUUAUCAUUGGCAGAGGAGCCCAUGGGACUGUUUACAAAGUAGUAUUGGGUCCAGAGAAAUUGUAUGCUGUAAAGAAACUUGCAUUUUCACACCAUAAAGGUGCAAGUGGGAGCAUGAUUAGGGAAAUCCAGACUGCUGGGAAGAUCAGACACCGAAAUCUGGUGAAAUUGGAAGUUUUCUGGUUGAGGAAUGACUACGGAUUGAUCUUGUACAAGUACAUGGAGAAUGGAAGCCUCCAUGAUGUUCUGCAUGAGAUAAAACCACCUCCAGUUCUCAAGUGGGAAGUGCGUUUCAAGAUAGCACUGGGAAUUGCCCAUGGAUUAACUUAUCUUCAUGAUGACUGCGAUCCUGCUAUUGUUCACCGAGAUAUCAAACCAAAUAACAUACUACUGGACAUGGAGAUGGAGCCUCAUAUCUCUGAUUUUGGCAUUGCCAAACUUCUAGAUUCUUCUGCCUUAGAUCAGUCCAUCACAGUAGCAGGCACCAUUGGAUAUAUAGCACCAGAGAUUGCAUAUAGAGUGGCAAAAAGCAAGGAAUCCGAUGUCUACAGCUAUGGUGUGGUUUUGCUUGAACUAAUAACCAGAAAGAAGGCCUUGGAUCCUUCAUUUCCCAAGGACACAGGCAUUGUCCAUUGGGUAAGCUCAAUUUGGAGUACAACCGAGUCCCUCAAUAGGAUUGCGGAUCCAAGCCUCAUUGAAGAAUUCUUGGAUUCCUCUGUCCUAGAGGAAGCAGCAAAUGUGCUGUUGGUAGCACUGAAAUGUACAGCACAGCAGCCAAGUGAGAGACCCACCAUGAGAGACGUGGUGAAGCAGCUAACAGAUGCAAAGUCCCAAGUUAGAAGGAAAAGGAGUUAGUCUUUGUAGUCUGUGGGUAACUUGAACUUUGUUUUCCUUCUUGCCACUUUAAAUUAUGUUUUUGUGUUUAACCAGUUGAUAUAUUAUUCUAUGACAGCCACAUAGUUCCUAGUAAAGGUUGAAAGUGAAAAAAU